AUGAUGGCUGUCAGUUCCGCCGUUUUGAAAUAUUAUGGACAAUUUUGGAGCAUUUUAAGCAAGGUCAUGAGAAGCACGCCAAGCCACUUCAAAAAGUUCAAGGCGGAAAAGAAGGACUAUGAUAUUGAUCGCACCCUAGAUGCUGAACCGCAUGCUGUGACUGCGCUAGACCGUCGACGUCUGCCUCCUGAUCCGAUCCCGGUGGCGACGAAAGCCAAGACAAACCUCACGAGAAAUAGAACCUUGAUUGGAAUCGGAAGUCUUCGUGCAGCUCAGGCGAGGAGUCAACGAGGCAAGCCCGGGCUUGUCCUGCAAACCCGACAGCAAUACGUUUGAGUUACGCUGGGAAUUGAUCGAACCCUCCUUUUUCGUUUUGCGUAGGAAUACUCGAAUUUCCUUUUGAAAAUGUAUUAAAUCCUACCGGCCUGAUUCGUGGAAUCAUGUUGCUGGAAGUGAGGAAUACUCAGUGAAGCUUCUCUCCAGAAAUGCCAUUCCAUCAUCAAUGGAACCACAAUGAAAAGUUCAAGUCCUGGUGGCCAAAAUUGUGUCAAACCAAAUUUAUCAUUUCGGAUACCUGCUUUAUUCAAAGGUUGGAUUUCGAGCUUCCAGAAAUCUUGCGUCUUUUUUAUCCCGGAAAAAUUUUAGCUACGUUGAUUCUUCCAUUUUUCGUUGAGGUUUUCCGAAAAUGUGACCAAAGAGCUGAUGAGGGACGAAAACAGGGAUUCUAGGGAUAUUGGUUUUUUGUUGUUGAUUGUUUUCUCGCGAAAAAAGCUUGAAGGAAAAAAGGCUGGAAAGUGAUACUACUUGAGAGUGGAAUGCAGCAUCUUGAUCGCUAAAUCCGUCCCGCCGCUGCAAAAAAAUGGGUUAAGUGCGUUGAAUGCUCGUAUACUCGCAACCCGCGCCGUGAUAAUCCAAGUAUUAAUGCUUUUUUGUUGAUUAUUGGUGAAGCUAGCAUAUGACCAGAGCAGCAGCCUGUAUUAACUGGCAUUGCUGCUAAAUAACCUCAGUGCUUCUCGCUGCUUGCCUUCGACUGAACAAAAAUCUACGUGCAUUUUGUCUGAAAGACACUUUUCGAUGAGUCUGUAUUUCUAACCACGCUAGUAUGAGAGCUAAGCGAAGUUUAUGGUGCUGAACGUGUCGUUUUUUCCGAAUGAUUUCUGUCUGGAAAAGUUCUAUUUUUUCCCCUCAUGGAUCUAUUUCGCUGGAUUUUGUUGACUGCUUGGCAUUUUUGAUCUUGUUGUGUUUGCCUCUCUUUUAUUUUGGGGAGUAAUAAAGGAAUAAUUUUUUCCAUCCGUGAUAUACAAA